AUUCUUGCACCAGAAACUCGAAAAGAAAGAGAGAGAGAGCAAAAAAUAAGUCAAGAGCAUCAACCCUACGCCAUGGCUCCCCUCCAUUAUCUUGUAGUAGCAUUCCCAGCCCAAGGCCUCAUCAACCCGGCCCUCCAAUUAGCCAAGCGUCUUCUACACGCUGGCGCGCACGUCACCUUCGCCACCACCGCGUCGGCUUACCACCGCAUGGCCAAGUCCGACCCACCUGAAGGUUUGUCCUUCGCCUCCUUCUCCGACGGCUCUGAUGAGGGGCUCAGGCCUGGGAUCGACUUUGCACAGUACAUGGCCGACGUAGAGCGGCUAGGUUCGGAAACCCUAAGAGACCUUGUCGUUACUAGCCUUAACAAAGGCCGCAAAUUCGCGUGCAUAUUAUACACCACGAUCAUUCCUUGGGUUGCUCAGGUGGCUCAUUCUCUUCAAAUCCCCUCAACACUCAUUUGGACUCAACCUGCCACUCUUCUUGAUAUAUAUUACUAUUACUUCAAUGGUUAUGGUGAUAUUAUCAGAAACCUAGGCAAGGACGAUCCUUCGUCAUCGCUCCAUUUACCGGGAUUGCCGCCACUAACUUGCCGAGACGUGCCGUCAUUUUUCACACCCGAAAACCAAUAUGCUUUUAGUCUGCCGCUUAUGCAAGUGCAGUUGGAAGUAUUCAAGGAAGAGAAGAAUCCAAAAGUACUUGUGAACACUUUCGAUGCGCUAGAGCCCAGGCCAUUGAAAGCAAUUGGCAAUGUUACCAUGUUCGGGAUCGGCCCGCUAAUUCCUUCCGCAUUCUUGGACGGACAAGAUCCCUUGGACAAAUCCUUCGGAGGCGAUCUCUUCCGGGGUUCGAAAGACUACAUCCAAUGGCUAGACACUAAGCCCGAAGGUUCGGUGAUUUAUGUAUCAUUCGGAAGCAUCUCCGUUCUAUCGAAGGCACAAAAGGAGGAGAUGGCACGCGGUUUACUAGGCACCGGCCAUCCUUUCUUGUGGGUGAUUAGGAAGGACAAAGAAGAGGAAGGAGAGGGAGAGGAAGAUCAUUGGAGCUGUAUGGAGGAAUUGGAGCGAAAGGGGAUGAUAGUGCCAUGGUGCUCUCAAGUGGAGGUGCUGUCCCAUGCUUCAGUAGGGUGUUUUGUGACUCAUAGUGGUUGGAACUCAACCUUUGAGAGCUUGGCUUGCGGGGUCCCAAUGGUGGCAUUCCCACAAUGGAGUGACCAGCAAACCAAUGCCAUGCUCGUUGAGAAUGAAUGGAAGGUGGGGGUGAGGGUGAACACGAAUGAUAGAGGCAUAGUGGAAGGAGAUGAGAUCAUUAGAUGCUUGGAAUUGGUGGUGGGAGAUGGAGAGCAGGGAGAGGAAAUUAGAAGGAACUCCAAGAAGUGGAAGGGAUUGGCAAGAGAAGCUGCCAAAGAAGGUGGGUCAUCGGAUAGGAAUCUCAAGGCAUUCUUGGAGGGGAUCCAAAUGGAAGCAAAUGCUCAUUAGAGUACCAGUACUUCACCUGUUAUUUUUUUGCUUUUGUAUUUGUAUCUGGUUUGAUAUCUGUAACAUGUUAAAAAAUAAAGUUCUUGUUACUGCAAGUAGAUAAACUCUCGUGUAUAACAACAAUAAGAUGUAUUGCAAUAAUACAAGGUUUUUUAUUCA